AAUGCUCUUAUUGUCUGUGAAUUGCAUCAAUUCUAUAGUUUCUUUCUACUCCAUUUCCCUUUAUAUACUUAAAGUUAGGCGUCCAAUUAUUGACCAUCUCUUGCACCAAAGUAUUCAGAUUAUUUCAACUAAUUAAGGUGAUGAAGGGAUUUGGCUACCGAUCGAAAUUUUUGGUGGUCGCAAUUGUUUUGCUACAUGUGGUCUUGCAUGCAAGGAACAUCGAUAACCUGCAUCAACGUAAUGGCGAUAAUCCCAACAAAUCACGUUCCAGUGAGAAGGAUUCUACGGUCAAAGCUGAAUACCAUUGGCUCGGUGGGGAUUUACCAAAGCAUAAAAGAGCUGAUACGAUGCCGUUUGCUGCAGGGUCAAGCUUACCGGAUUGUACCCAUGCUUGUGGAUCUUGUACCCCGUGCCGACUAGUUGUGGUCAGCUUUGUUUGUUCAUCUCUUGAAGAGGCUGAGACUUGCCCUAUAUCUUACAAAUGUAUGUGCCAUAACAAAUCAUAUCCUAUUCCAUGACCAGACAUGAAUCAAUUAAAUUUUGUAUGGUCAAAUUUUAUAUCCAUUUAUUUUUAUAUUUCCGUGACGGCUCACUUUUUCUUUAGGAUGGUUUUCUAGACAAAUUAAAUUUGCUUCCUUUGUAAAGCGAGAAACUUCUAC